AUGGAAGGGGGUUCAUCAAGUUCAAAGGAGCCUCCAAAGAUAGUCUCACCCUCAAGUAACACAUCUGAUAAUACUUCAAGUUUAGUUAGUAAUACCACAGGGAAGAGUAAAGAAGAUAGUAAAGGAGAUGUGCCUUAUUAUGAGAAGUAUUUGUAUGAAAUGGAUCUAGCAGUGGAGGCCAGUAAGGGCAGAAACCUUAAUUUGAAAGAUAAUCCGAACUAUCUAAAAAGGUUACGAGAUGAGGCCCGCAGGUCGUAUUUGGAAAGACGUGAAGAGGAGAGACUUGAGUUGGCUAGAAGAGAACUAGGAGAGAAGGAAAUAGUGUACGAUAGUAAACUUAGAAGAGACGAGUUCAUACAAAAGUCGCUUAAACUUGAUAGGGAGAGAGUAAAAUUAGCUGAAACAGCAAUUAAAACUAGACCAACAGACUCUAGUGUAAUAACAUAUGAGCUGCCAGAUAGCUAUGACGAGGAUAAUUUGAAAAGGUUGGAAGUGAUAAAGAAGAAACAGCUUUCAAAGGGGAAAGAUAAGCCAGUGAGUGAGCAGGACUUGUGGGAGAGCAAGCUGUACAAGUACGGAAUAACGAACUUUGGUGUUGUAGAAGAGGAAUCAAAGGGACGAAAACUUGAAGAAGAUUCUGAAAAUAAGUUAAUUGGCGACUUAAGUAAUUUUAAGGACCUGGUGGGAGACUCGAUAAACUUUAUAUUGGACUCUAAGAUGCCUGAAGUGAGCCUAACAAACAUCGUACAAAAUCAUCUUGAUUUUGAGAGUACAAGUGUGAGUUCUACAAGUGAUGAAGAGUCUGAUACGAUUAGCAGGGAGAAAAGGACGAGUAAUAAGUAUUUGAGUAGACUUGAGAAAUUGAAGAAAAAACAACAUAAACUUAUGCUACAGGAAAGGCAGAAAUUGCCUAUAUACUAUUACAGAACUGAGCUCUUAAGCGCUAUAAAGAAGUAUAAAACUUUGAUUGUUGUCGGCGAGACUGGUAGCGGUAAGACAACUCAGAUCCCGCAGUACUUGCACGAAGUUGGCUACUCCAAAGCCGGGGUCAUAGGGAUCACCCAGCCCAGAAGAGUCGCAGCGAUGUCGGUAGCAACACGCGUGAGCAAGGAAUUGAAUGUUAAAAUGGGUUCAAUAGUCGGCUACUCUAUCAGAUUUGAGGAUUAUACAGGCUCAAAUACUAAGAUUAAGUACAUGACUGAUGGUAUUCUUCUGAGGGAAUUCACCUCAAACCCAACGCUGGAAAAUUACUCAGUAAUCAUCAUAGACGAGGCACAUGAAAGAACAUUGCACACCGAUGUCAUCUUCGGUCUCGUUAAGGACUUAAUUAGAUAUAGAGAUGACUUUAGACUAAUUAUUUCAUCAGCCACAUUAGAGGCAGAGAAAUUUGCUCUGUACUUCGAUAAUGCCCCUAUAUUCAAAAUACCUGGAAGAAGAUACCCGGUCCAAAUAUACUAUACAAAGGCACCGGAGGCCAAUUACCUGGACGCCUCAAUAAUCACAAUUCUACAAAUCCACUUGACACAGCCAAUCGAUGGCGAUAUUUUAGUUUUUUUGCCAGGUCAACAAGAGAUUGAAUAUAUACAAGAGGAACUAAUCGCAAGACUGAAGAAUAGAAAGGAUAUAAGGGAGCUUAUCAUAUUGUCUAUAUAUUCAUCACUGCCCAGUGAUAUGCAGAAUAAAAUAUUUGAGCCGACUCCAGAAAAUUCCAGAAAAGUAAUUCUCUCAACCAAUAUCUCGGAAACUUCAAUCACACUGGAUAAUAUCGUAUACGUAAUUGACACGGGAUUUUGUAAAUUAAGUCUUUAUUCCCCUAAAACAGGUCUGGAUAGUUUAAUAGUAGUACCAUGUUCAAAAGCAAAUGCGAAUCAAAGAAGUGGUAGGGCAGGCAGAGUUAGAGCAGGCCACUGCUUCCGUUUAUAUACGAAAUUGUCGUAUGAUAAGGAAAUGGAUGAUAAUCAUGAACCUGAAAUAAAAAGAGUUAAUCUGUCAUCUGUGGUUCUUCUAUUGAAAUCUAUAGGAAUCGAUGAUUUGUUAAACUUUGAUUUUAUGGAUCCUCCAAGUCCUGAAAGCUUAAUAAAUUCUCUGGAGUUAAUUUAUUCACUUGGAUGUCUUAACGAUUCGGGAGAACUAACAAAACUGGGUAAAAUCAUGUCGGAACUACCACUAGACCCAAUGUACUCCAAAAGCUUGCUCUUCUCAAUUCAGCAUAAAUGCCAUGAAGAUAUUAUUAUAAUACUAUCAAUGCUCAUUCAGAGUAACAAUAUAUUUUAUAUACCGAAGGAUAGGAGAAUACAUGCUGAGAAUAAUUACAAGAAUUUUUACAACAAUAAUAGUGACCAUUUGAUGUUGCUGAAUGUGUAUAACCAGUGGAAAGAGAACGAUUUUUCAAUCGCCUGGUGCUACGAAAACUACCUCCAGUACAAAUCACUAAUCCAAAUACAAAACAUUAUACAACAACUACAGAAUUUGAUUACAAGGUUAAAUUUGAUUGAUGGCGAUUCAGUUAAUGGUGACGUUCAAAAUAACAAAAAAGACAAGGAACUUGGCUCGAAUAUGAACUACAAUGAAGUUAUAAUGAAGUGUAUAGUGAGUGGGUUCUUUGUCAACGUGGCGGUCAAGAACGAGAAAAAGAGCGAAAAGAACUACAAGACGAUUAAGAGUAAACAACUCGUCUAUGUUCAUCCAAAUUCUUCAGUUUUUAAGCAAAAUAUUAAGUUUGUUGUUUACAACGAUUUGGUUCUAACCACUAAGCACUUCAUCAGGCAAGUCUCUGAAAUUCAGGCAAAGUGGCUCAUGGAGUUAGCUCCGCACUACUACCAAAAUAUUAAAUUUUAA